AAUUUUCAAGUGAUGAUGAGAAUUUUCUUCCUACACCUGAUGAUUAUGAUACUUAUUUGAGUACUGAGGAUGAAGAAAUUGGAACAACAUUUAUAAAAAGAUCGAAAAAAAUUACUUCAACAACAU